AUGAGUAGCUGCGAAGUGAGGCGUUCACCACGAAUGAGAGUUGGUCCUCUGAAUUCAUCAACACCAAAAAUGAAAUUAUCUCGCACAAAAUCUGAAAAUCAAUUACAGAAUUUGAAGAAUAUUUCGUUUGAAUCGAAUCACACCGAGCCACCAUCAACUCUUUCACCACUUGGUUUUUCACCAAGUUUUGUAGAUUGUGAGCAAAAAAUGGCGCAGACAUCGGCGAAAAAAGGCACUAUAUCUCAAACGAUACCUUUGGUUAAGAAAAAGGAUUUUUCGCGACGUAAUUCACGGUCACGAUCACGUGGUCGUAAAUUGCGUCGUUCGAAACCUUCCACAAGUUUGACGUCUCAGAUUGUUAAAACUGAUUCAGUUGAAAAGCUACUACCGAACAAUGUACGUCAUUCGAUAAUCACUUCAGCCAAUUCGGCCGCACUUAAAAAUCACUCUUCGGAAACAUCAGCAAAGUCCAGCGGAACCAUUUCUGGUGCAGGAAAUUUCAUGAAGUUGUCGAGCCAUCUUGUUGAUCAUCCCUACAUUUUGACUUUCAUCCAUCUUUUGCUGUGUGUUCUCUACGCUUUUAUCAUCUAUAAGGCAGCGAACUAUUUUGGUGUUGAUCGAUUCGUGAUAAAACAUUGGACGCAAUGGAGCAAAAAGAUUCUUCCUAAUUUAUCGUCAUGA